AUGAAAUGGGAACCCUUUUCUAUGAAACUCAUUCUCAACAUUCAUGCACAUCUAGAUCUUUCCAAGCAUCUUGACACCACAGUCUACACAUGUCUGACAAUGGCUUUUUAUGCCCUGUGUUGUUUGGGGGAGCUCACAGUCAAAUCGUUAAAGGCCUUUGAUCCGAAGAAGCAUGUGAAAUGUUCAAAUGUAGAGAUGGAUGUCAAAGACCGCCAUGACCUUCUCAUGACAAAGAUCUUCCGAGUAUACUGGGCACAACAAGACAAUCACACCAAUCCAAAGACAGCUUUGCUCAAUCAUUUUGCCAUUAACAAUCCAACAUCUGAAUCUCACCUUUUCACCUGGAAACAUCCAAAAGGAAUGAGGCCCUUGACACAGACAGAAUUCUGGAAACGAGUUAGCGGAAUAGUAAAGGGAGCACACUUGGGAAACCUGAAGGGACAUGGCUUGCACAUUGGAGGGACUCUAGAGUACUUGUUGUGUGGGGUCCCAUUCAAUGUGGUCAAUUUCAUGGGGAGAUGGACCAGUGAAGCUUUCACAGCGUAUUUGCACAAACAUGUGCUGAUAUUGGCACCAUAUCUGCAACCCAAUAGCUACACAAUUGUAUAA